AUGACCCUUACUCAAGGACUGCCCUAUCCACCAGGGAACAAAGAGAAGGUCGGAUACUAUAACGGGUUGACCGAUAAACCCAAGCUAGUUGCCAGGACGAGUAGCACUCCCUUUGUUCCCCAUGGCCCUUACGGCGAUACACGCGAAUUCCGCGGCGAUUCUAUACACAGAGAGCCAAUCGAGGAUCACGAAAUAACAUCGGUGUACAGUCGAGAUUUCGCUCGAGCCAUCAUUACUGCGUUAGGAGCUUUUCCGUGGCAUCGCUUCUAUCCCAUUCGCUUAGGCGACUAUAUGAGCCGAAGACCUCCUGUAGUAUUCAUCAUUGAGACUCUCUCUGAUUUGGAGCCCUGGGAAACGUCGAUUGAAGCUGCUCUAGCUUGCCGAACCGUCAUUCGUUCGCUCGGGAUAACCGAUGUCGAGGUUGAGAUCCAACAAGUCUCUGAGAUCCAAUAUGCUGCGACCAAAGAGCUAGAUGCUUUUAUAGACGAUCUCAAGUGCCCCGCUAAUGCCUCGCUUAUUUCGAAUCCUCCUACCGAACUUGAAGAUAUCGUUGAUAAUGUCCGCCCCUUCUCAUCUCAAAUCGGAUAUCAGAUCGAUAAUCCAAAGCUUGCCAAAGCGGGCACUAUGGGCCUUCACUUGCGAUUGGGAGACGCUGAUGUAUCCUAUGGUUUAACAUGUCAACACGCCGUUCUUGAUUCGCCCUCUCGUCCGUUGGGCGAUGGCGAGUAUAACAACUCUGGGGACAAGACUGUGGCUAUUCGACAAGUGAAUCCUCUUACAGCUAGGGAGCUAACCGUUUGCAGCCAACGGGAAGAGAAAUAUUGGAGAAGAAUGCACCGAGAGCUGGAAAUGAAGAUCAAAGAAUGGGAUGAGCAGCAUAGUACAACAGAAGAGACCGCAAAAGAGACCGCAAAAGAGACCGCAGAGGCCAAGGAAACUCCUCGGCCCACCUCUGAGGAGCGAGAGCGUCUAUUGGUAUUAGACACCAUUGUGUCACAAGCCACCAAAGCCACUAGCCUUACGCAGGCAGCGCUUGAUCAAUCCCGAAUCAUUGGGCAUGUGUCCUAUGCACCAUCACCGGGUAUAUUCCCCAGUGGGCACUUUGCGGACUGGGCGUUGGUUGAGCUUGAUACGGCCGCCUUCGCUGCCCAGCCUACCAAUAUGGUGUACAUCAAUCGUAGCGAGUUUGAUGAUAUGCGUGAUCGUGGUAUUGGAUCCUUUGGUAUUGGACUCCCGAGAAGUCGACACAGGCGUUAUUUGUUAGAUGCAGAAAUUCCACGUCUGCUGGAUCGCCUGGAUGAUGACGGAUUCCUUCGAAUCAGCGGAGUUUUACCAACCCCAACAGAUGGAACAACUUCUUCAUUCGCAGUCGGGACGCGAGGCAUGGCGACCUCAAAAGUAGCAUUUGGCGUGACCAAUGAGAUCCUCGCAGUUCGGCGAGAUUUUACCGGGGAUGAUGGAUUGACGAUAGUCUGGGAAUGGAUUAUCUUUGGAGGGGGAGAGAAUACAGGUGACAGAUUCAGUUUUGGCGGAGAUUCGGGGGCUGCAGUUUGGGAUAACUCUGGUCGGUUUGUUGGCAUGGUUACCGGAGGUGCUGCACUGGUGAAGCCGCGCUCUGCGGGAAGCUGGAGGCUCCCAACGGAUGAUGCCACUGAGUGCUUUGAUUUCAAUACGGCAUCAAAUUUAACGUUUGUCGUGCCGGCGGAGCACCUGUUUGAGAAUAUCAAGGAUUUUACAGGAAAAACGCCACAUAUCCUAUUGCGUACCCGUAGUCAGAUAAUAGAAUUAUCUCCUUGCUUCUACUAUCGCUACUUUCUUCUACUAUCGCUACUUUCUGCUACUGUCGCUACUUUCUUCUACUAUCGCUACUUUCUGCUACUGUCGCUACUCUCUUCUACUGUCGCCAUUAUCGCUACUUGUAGCAGGCUCGCCCUUUCUUUGCCCGCCGACGUGCUUGGUAGUGGAGUUGCGGUCCAGAAGCCGUCUCUGUUGUUCGUUGUUGGGGUGACUGUCUUUGCCGUCGAUUUUGCUCUCUUGUCGGAGUGUUUGCUGGUGCUCUUCCUCACACUGCCGCAUCUACCCUCUCCCUACCUGCUUUCGACCUACUUUUGA